CGUACGGAGGCGUCAGGCCUCUCUCUCUCUCUCUCGGGAGCGCACGGACCCAGUCCUCGCUCCGCCGCUUCUGCCUUUUUGUUUCUCACAGUGGCAGAACGGGGAGGAUUGUGCCGACUGGAGGCCAAGGAGAACGGGGGGGGGGUCCAAAAGCCUAUCGCCGAGGACACCUCCUACCAAUAAUCUGGCACCGGCCCUGCUUCGAUCCCCGCCACGGGCCCGCCUGCUGCUCUGCGGGUGUUGCUCCGUCCCAGCAGCAGCCCAGAGCGCGCGGGGGAGCAACUCUCCUGCAGUUAAUGGUCGGGACUCUACGCGCCGCUGUUGACCCAACGAUGUUGGCGGGGGCCGCCGUGAGAACUGGGAGGCCGCCGAGUUGAGCGAGAGCCGCAGACCGAGCGGAGUCCCGCCGCCGUAGUGCCGGGGAAAACAAUGCCCGACGCAAAAACUCCCCGCAAGCCGAGCCUGGGCCAGGCGGGGUCGCGGCAGCAUGAAAGGGACGGCUGAAAACUUUUAGAGGACCCACGCCGGCGCCGGCGCCGCCGCCCAACAAACUUUGCGAGUGAAGGAGCUGCCCCUCCUCGGGAGAUGAAAGGCGCUGCUGGAAAGAGCCGAUGGGGACCGCGAUGGCUGCAAGUCCUGGGGCUGGCGCUCUGGCUCGGCGUCUCGGACUGGGCGUUCGCCUCCAUUCGUUACGCGAUCCCCGAGGAAAUGGCCGAGGGCUCUUCGGUGGGGAACGUGCUGGGUGACCUGGGCCUGGCUCUCCAGCGGCUGCAGGCUCGAAACCUCCGGGUGGUGUCGGGAGGCGGCCGAAAGUACUUCGAGGCGGACCUGAGCACCGGGAAGUUGCUGGUGACCGAGAGGAUCGACCGAGAGGAACUUUGCGGGACGCUCGCGCCCUGCGUCUUGAGCCUGCAGGUGGUGGCGGAGAACCCGCUGGAGCUGUUCGGCGUGGCUGUAGAAAUCCAGGACAUCAACGACAACGACCCGGCUUUCCUGAGCAGGCAGAUGAGGCUGGAAAUCAGCGAGUCGGUGACACCUGGAGCGCGUUUCCCCUUGGAGAGCGCGCAAGACCCCGAUGUGGGCAUUAACUCUUUGCAGACCUAUCAGCUCAGCGCCAAUCGGCACUUCGUGCUGGACGUACAGACUCGGGGGGACGGGACGAAAUAUGCCGAGCUGGUGCUAGAAAAGGAGCUGGACAGGGAGCAGCAGAGCGAACUCCAGUUGGUUCUCACAGCGCUGGAUGGAGGGAACCCACCAAGAUCUGCCAGCUUGCAGGUACUCGUCGACGUCCUGGAUGCAAAUGACAAUGCCCCCGUCUUCAACCAGUCUGUCUACAGAGCCAGCGUGAGAGAGGACACGCCGGUGAACUCCCUGGUUGUCAGAACCAGGGCUUUCGAUCUCGAUGAAGGCCCCAACGGGGAGAUAAUUUACUCCUUCAGCAGUCACACCCCUGCCAGAGUCCGCCAGCUCUUUGCUCUGGACUCUGCCACUGGAGAACUGAGGCUCAAGGGGUUGCUGGAUUUUGAAGAAACUAAAUUUUAUGAGAUUUAUAUCCAGGCAAAAGAUAAAGGUUCAAAUCCUGCUGUAGCUCACUGCAAAGUGCUGGUAGAAAUCGUGGAUGUGAACGACAACACUCCAGAAAUAACACUGACCUCUGUGUACAGCCCAGUACCAGAAGAUGCAGUUCCAGGAACUGUGAUUGCUUUGCUGAGUGUCACAGAUCAGGACUCUGGUGACAAUGGCCUAGUCAAUUGCGUUAUACCUUCUGGCAUUCCUUUUGCCCUCAGCUCUUCCCUUAAAAACUACUACACCUUGCACACCAAAGGACCUUUGGACAGGGAACUUUCCUCUGAGUACAACAUCACCAUCCAGGCCCGGGAUGCAGGCUCACCUUCACUCAUGGUAGAAAAGCAAAUACUGGUUAAAGUAUCUGAUAUAAAUGACAAUCCUCCUAAAUUUCCACAGUCCUCCUAUGAUGUGUAUGUGGAGGAAAACAACCUUCCAGGAACCCUGAUUUUUAACAUCAGUGCUUCUGACCCAGAUCUGAACCAGAAUUCCCACCUGUCCUACUCCAUCCUGGAUAAUCACAUGACCUCGGGAGACUUGGUGGGCAGAUAUUUUUCUAUUAACCGGGAGAAUGGUACUAUUUAUGUCCUAGUGCCCUUGGAUCAUGAGGACAUGAUGGAGUUCAGGCUAGUGGUGCAAGUCCGUGAUGCAGGCAUUCCACCCCUUACCACUAACAUCACAGUCAAUGUCUUUGUCACAGAUCAGAAUGACAAUCCACCCAAGGUCUUAUACCCAAACUCCAAUAACAGUUCUAUGCUUUCAGAAGUAAUCUCGCCCACAGUCAACCCUGGUUAUAUGGUCACGAAAAUCGUGGCCUGGGAUGCAGAUGCUGGUUACAAUGCCUGGCUCUCCUAUUUACUCCUUCAAGCCACUGACCCAGGGCUCUUUGCUGUGGGGCUACAUUCUGGGGAGAUAAGCACAGUUCGCCCUCUGCAGGAAGAAGAUUCUCGCAAGCAAACUUUGGUCAUCUUAAUAAAAGACAAUGGGGAACCUGCCUUGUCCUCCACUGUGACCCUCACUGUAACUGUAGCAGAGACAUCUAGGGAAGCACUAACAGACUUCACAGCUGUGUCCUCUACUCCCCAAACUAAGAAGCACUUGACUUUCUAUUUAAUACUUGCUGUCAUCUUGAUCUCAGUGGCAUUCUUUGUCACAGUGGUUGGGGUGGGCAUUUAUAAAUUUUACAAGUGGAGGCAAUCCAAGGAUAUCUUCAAGGCUUCCAGAAGCUCCCUUUACAGAACCCCGGGGGGCCCUCUCAACCACAUAGACACUGUGCGGAGCGGAUUUGCUCCUCCAAACUUCUACCAGCAGGUCCUCACCACUGACUCUCGCCAGAGUGAACUUCUGUACAAAAUGCCGUUUCCUCCCAGUCCCUUGGGGAGCCGCCAGAGCACUAUCACAAGAUGUGAUCCUGCAAUAUAUAACCAGAUCAUAAGCACAAACAGCAGGCUGCUGGUGCCCUCUGAGCAAGCACAGCCUAACAUGGACUGGCGUUUCUCUCAGGCCCAGAGACCAGGAACUAGUGGGUCUCAGAAUGGAGAUGAAAAUGGAACUUGGCCAAACAACCAGUUUGAUACAGAAAUGCUUCAAGCCAUGAUUCUGGCAUCAGCAAAUGAAGCUGCCGCUGCCGCUGCCGCUGCCAACCCUGAUGGAAAUUCUACUCUGGGAGGAGGAGCAACAGCAGGCACAAUGGGCCUCAGCACCAGGUAUGGCCCUCAAUUCACCCUGCAGCACGUCCCUGACUACAGACAGAAUGUGUACAUCCCUGGCAGCACAGCUACCCUGUCAAAUUCUUCGGGGAAGCAUGAUGGGAAACCUGCAGCCUCUGGAGGUGGAAACAAGAAGAAGUCAGGAAAGAAAGAAAAGAAGUAGGAUCCACAGGAUGUCACUGCCAUCUUAGAUCUAAAGGGCAGACUCUUCCAGCAUUCCCCCAAUUCAUAGCCUAGGAUGGAGGAUGAAUGUGAUUUGUGGUUAACAGUUUUUUUAAAAGUAUGGAACAUUGUGAAUGUACAUUGUUGACAUCAGAGCUAGGAGUAGGUCUCCUAUUGUUAGUCCUCAUAAUGUAAAAGUAUCUCAAAAAACAAAACAAAAGCCCUGUGGAUAAUGACGAAUACAGCUUGUAUUCUCACGAAGAUAGUCUAAUAUGCAAGGGUGUCAGAUCUUUGAAACAUUUUCUCUGCCGUUGCUUUGCUCCAGAGUGAUCUGCACAACCUACAAGGCUUAGGGUGGGCUCUGUUCAUUGUAAAAGAUUCUUCUAAACAGGGGUUUUCAUUUAUGCAUUUUUCCAUUUAAAGAACAUUAUCAUGUCCCCAAAUUUUGAUGAUUAAUUUAUCUCCGCACAAGAAUAUUUCAGUUGGAAUCCUUGUUAUGAAAUUGAUAAGGGAGUGCUUUAGUUUCUGCUUUUUUAAAAAAAGAAUUAAAAGUUUAUCUUGCAUUGUUACAAGGGAAUGAGAUUAAGCUGUAUUUUUAAAAGUUUAACCAAUGAUGGUUGAAAAAAUGAAACUGAAAUGAUGAUAUCUAAGAGGCAAGGCACACAAACACAUUGCAAUGGAAAGCCUUCCAAAGGCAGAGAAUGCCUCAUACAUUAGGAAGAUGGAGAACAUUGUCCUGGCUGAUUGAUUUUACAGUGGCCUCUAAAGAGACAACACAGCUCAUCUACACUUUGGUCCAUAAAUAUUUAUGUGUACAGUAAAUGUUUUCUGGAAUAAGUUAAAGGAAGUCAAAGUCAAUCGCUUGUGAGUCUAGUGAGCUGCUGCUCCUUUAAGCACUGAAAUAGCUCUGUUAGUUCCACAGGCAGAUGUCUUCUGUCAGUGAAUGGGCUCUAGUGGCCUUGUAAGUAAGUAAUUUUUUAAAAAUGGAAUGCUUCACAUUUUUCUGCACAUCAAGCUGCAUGCAAAACAUUCACUUCACAUCUACAGUAGGUCAGCUGACGCCACUCAGCCUAGAAUAGAUAAGUCAUUGCAUGACAUAAACAGCAUGAUGUAAAUAUGCUGUCCAGUGGCCAGAUCCCGGUGGAACCUGAGCAUUGUCUGUCUGUGAGUAGAGUUCAGUAACAAGAUGCAUUGCCCUGGAUAAGAGCAGUAGGAAAGUUUCCAUAUGUCUGUGCAGCAUACCCAAGAAAUAUCCUUGGUUUUCUGGCCUUCACAAACUGAUAUUAAGUUAAUAACAGUUGGCUUGAGGAAACUAAGGAACCAGGCACAGAUAAGGGAUGCUGGAGUUACAACUGGGCAGAGAUUUCUGAUGCCAAGCCCUUGAUUCUGCCCUGAGGUCACGUUCUGAACGUUAUAGAAGUGAGUAACCACUGGUGUACUGAAGGUCCUUGGGACCUCUCCUAUCACCCCUACUUGGAUAUAAAUCCACUAGAUUUAAAAUAAAUAAACAUAAAUCCUUUUGCUGUGUUUUGAAAUUACUUGUUUUAGGUUUUUAACCACAUUGUUUCAUAGCCGAGUAUUGACAGGAAGCAAGUGUUUCCUACUCUGUGCAUUUUAUAAAUUGUGUUUCCAUCUCUUUGCUCAAUCAAGCACAUCACAGCCAGGAAGGGAAGUUCACCAUGCUCUUGGCACCUCAGGUUGUCUUUCUAGAGGCACUGGGUUCCCUUCAGUUUCAUCUGGCUUUCUGCAUCACAGUAGCUGAACCAUGAGGGCAGAAAAGCAGCAUAUUCCAACAUGGAGUGCUAACAACAAACCCAAGAAUAUUUUCAUUUUUCUUACACUUCUAAUAAGGAGCUUGUCUGAGAUGGUCCAGCCUUCUAUGAUCAGCUCAGGUUAAAUGUGUGACAACUUUCCACAACAUUGCAGCCCAACCUCAGUGGCUGUGUAGUAUUCACUGCUAGAGCAUUUUGUUCACUAAUAUUUGCUGCCUCCCCCGUCUCUAGAAAACGGGACCUGUCUGUGGGGAAAAACUUUGGUCUGCAUAUGAUUUUUGUACUGAUCCCAGUCACCCACCCCGCUCCCUGUGUUUGGUGACUGCACUAGAAACAGUUUACAUAGUUAGUUAAAACUGGACACAAUCUGUUGGGAAGUUCUUCUGCACAAGCUUGUUUGAAAUAAGCAGCAGCAGCAUAAGACCAUAGUAAUCCUGUUGUGCGGCUCCUUUUUAUCAUAAUGGGGUUUAUACAGGUGAGCUUCAUCAAUGGAUUGUGCCUAAGGCUUAUUAUGUACUGAAGUAGUUAUUAUGUGACUCUUCUCAAAGUACUGUAGAUGAAUCUUAGUCAUUCUUUUUCCUUUUAAUCAGCAAGCUGAAAGUAGUGUAAUAGUGCUGCAAAACCUAGUGAUGUGUAGUUCGUUUGUUUUUAAUCUUAGUAAUUGAGUUGUGGACAUCGGUAUUUUUUUAUUCCUUUGUACCUUCUUUGCCUGUGUUCUUUGUGCUCUUAAAUGUAUGUGAAUUGAAACACACUUACUUGUCCUUUCAAUGUGUCUAAUAUUGAACUAUACUUAUAUAUUAUAUAUAUGCUUAUAUCCUUCUUAUAUCCAUAUAGACUGACGUCAAUGUGUUACACGCAAGUUUUAUACUCUAAUAUUUAUAUUGCUCUUUUUUCU